AUUGAUCCUGGAUACGUGUUUGCCGAAUACCCACAUUUUCGUAUCUUAACAAUUAUUAUUGACUAUUGUAACGUUUUUAUGGCGUAGGCCGUAGAUAUACACUGCCGGAGUGUUGUUUACUUGUUGUUUCCAACUGUUGCUAAUCUACUGUGUAUAUAUCUAAUAAACAAACUCAACAAACAUACGUCGACAGCAAUAAUAAAUACGAAUUUUAUUCAUAAAACGGUCUGAUUGCACUUGGUAAUUCGUUGAUGUACGGCGAACGAUGACCACUGCUACGAAGAUCGAAUUGGUGAGGAACAUCAUCGACGAAGCGUUGAACGACAGAUCGAAACCUUGGGACGCGGCGUUCCGGCGGGCGGAAGCGCUGACCGGUCUGCCCAGGUUCAAGGUGCUGCUGUGCGUCAUUCUGUUCACGUCGGUGCUGUUCGUGUACGGGGCCAGCGCGGAACUGAUGAGCAACGCCAUCGGGCUAGUCUACCCUGCGGUGACCACCGUGUCGCUGAUGGUCUCGCCGCCGGUGUGGCGCAAGUACGACCUCGUCACCGCCGCCGCCGAGGCGCGCAACGAGAAGUACACUUACUGGAUGACGUUCGCGGCGAUGUUGAUAGUGGAAACGCUGUGCCGGCCGAUCCUGCGGUUCGUGCCGCUGUACCAGAUGUGCAGGACGUGGUUCCUGAUCUGGUGUUUCGCGCCGAUCCGGCGCAACGGUUCCGCGUUCAUAUACGACGCGGUCAUACGACCGUGUUUCGAGCAUGGCGUCGUCGGACUCAUCUCCAACAAGUUAUUUUAAUUUUUUGAUUAACAGAGCUGAAAAUAUAAAAACUGGAAUUUAAGUAUUAAUUAUACAAACAGUUAGUUUCUUUUAUCAUUGCGGAUUUUAUUUACACGCCUAAAACACGUGACAUGGGAAUAAAUUAGAUCUUUUAAAGCUCUGUUAAUCAUAAUCAUGUUAUUAUUUCAUCGUUUUAAUUAGUUUACGGUGUAAAAUAAUGCGUUAGUUAAUCAUGUACCUAUGUUAAAUAACAACAAAUCUUGCAGUGUUCUCAUACAAAUCGACGUGUCGCACUACUUUUUUUUAGUCGGCGAUUCGAGCGUUAAAAACUCGCGACAAUCUCAAAAACGACGUGACGUCUCGAUUCGUAUGAGAAUUUCGCAAAAAAUACAAUUAGAACGCUUAUUUUUACAUUUAAGAUAAUGUUCUAAAAAUAACUAGAAGAAACCCAGAUUUUGAAGAUAGAAAAAAAUUUGUCCUCAUUCAUUUCAGAAACACCUUAAUUUAUGUAUAUUGUAUAAUACAAUAUGUAUAAUUUUUCCAUUUCGCAUCUGACCCGUUUUGCAGGGAUGUAAUGGAAGGAGUCGCCUUUCUAUUUAAUCUCUUAUCAUUAUAUCAUUAUAUCAUCAUAUCUAUAUCAUUUAUGUCGAUAUGUCGCAUCCAUUUUACAAAACGGGUCAGAUACGUCAUAAGCGUUCUAAUUGUAUUUUUUGCGAAAUUCUCAUACGAAUCGAGACGUCACGACGUUUUUGAGAUUUUCGCGCGUUUUUAACGCUCGAAUCGCCAACUAAAAUAAUAGUAGUGCGACACGUCGAUUUGUAUGAGAACACUGCAAGAUUAACGGUGGUAUUAGUUAUUUGUUGUUAUUUAACAUACACGAUUAGCUAACGCAUUAUUUUACACCGUAAACUAAUUAAAACGAUGAAAUAAUAACAUGAUUAUGAUUAACAGAGCUUUAAAAGAUCUAAUUUAUUCCCAUGUCACGUGUUUUAGGCGUAUAAAUAAAAUCCACAAUGAUAAAAGAAAUUAACUGUUUGUAUAAUUAAUACUUAAAUUCCAGUUUUUAUUUCAGCUCUGUUAAUCAAAAGAUUAAAAGACCUUAUUCAGAGGCGAAGCUAGGAUUUUUUUAUGGAGAGGGCUAAACACUUUUAACUUGAGUUAUUGAAAAUCAAAAACAACAAAAAAAUUAAUAAACACUUUUAAUAAUACUUUUUUAACUCAAAUAUUCUAUUAUACAAGUAUAGAAUUAAUAACAAGAAAUAUAUUAGUAAAAUGUUUAAGGAAAUUUAAAUAUUUCAAAACAAUAUAAGAAAUACAGCCAAUGGGGGAGGCUAUAGCCCCUUUAGCCCCCCCCCCUUGGCUACGCCACUGACCUUAUUGGAGAUCAGUCCGACGACGCCAUGCUCGAAACACGGUCGUAAGACCGCGUCGUAUAUGUACGCGAAACCGUUGCGCCGGAUCGGCGCGAAACACCAGAUCAGGAUCAGGAACCACGUCCUGCACAUCUGGUACAGCGGCACGAACCGCAGGAUCGGCCGGCACAGCGUUUCCGCUAUCGACACCGCCGCGAACGUCAUCCAGUAAGCGUACUUCUCGUUGCACACCUCGGCGGCGGUAACGGGGUCGUCAUUAAGACAUCAGAAAAUAGAUAAAAUCGCUACGACAACGACACAGUGGAAAUUCUAACUUCUAAUAUGUGGUAUUGUGGUGGAAGAGUGUUCGGACAAAUCAAUCAUUAGCCGAUUAUUCGUGACGGAAGUAAAAUCGGCCGCCACCAGUUCACGCUCUUGACGAAAAAGAAAGUGCUUGAGAAUUAUUUUUAUAAAAGGAUUAAAAUAGUCCGACGCUUUUUUCACCCGAACCUCCAAAUUAUCAUAUUAUAAUAAUUUGGACUUAUAAAAGUCCGUUUCACUCGACGAAUCGAUAAAAGCAAACAAACAGACUGACGAGGAGGAAGAGGAGGAGAGGAAUAAGAAGAAAAAGAGAAAGAGGUGGAAAAGAAAAAAAGAAGACGACAAAAAAUAGGGAACGCGCGAAAACAGCCCUUUAAGCCGGACGCGUGCUGCAAACUCGCUGGGAAUAACUUUUCAAUUUCUUCAGCACAAACGUAAACAACACAAAUAAACGACCUGUGGGACUAAUUACACCGCACCCGGUAUAGGAUUCACAAACUCCGUUUGUCCCGAAACUGCAGAGUGAGAUUGUAUUUAUUUUGAUCGUCAUCGUGAACCGUAAACUUAUGGAAGGGACGUUAAAUUCGUUUUUGCCAACAAUAAUAAACAUUAAUUACUGCAAAGAAGAAUAUUAUUAUUAUUUAUCCACCGCGCAGAAUCAUAAUAUUAUAUCGCAUAAUCGGCGUUUAUUCAGCGUAGGUACCUAUAUAACAAUAAUUAUGCCGGCUAGAAAGUACGAUGAAUUUAAUAUAAAUCUUAUGUUAUUUUAAUAUA